AUGGUUCGUAAUAUCGUCGUUCUUGGGGGAAACUCCCAUCCCGCUCUUGUCGAAAUCAUCUCCAAUACACUCGGCGUCCCUCCCUGCAAUCGAAUUCUGAGUAAAUUUUCCGUCGGAGAAAGCCGCCUCGAGAUUCAGGACUCAGUCCGAGGCAAAGAUGUCUACAUCAUCCAGUCUGGAAGUGGUAAGGUCAAUGACAAUUUCAUUGAUCUCUGCAUUAUGAUCUCUGCCUGCAAGACAGGAUCCGCAAAGCGAGUCACUGCUGUCCUCCCUUUGUUCCCUUACUCUCGACAACCCGACCUUCCCUAUAACAAGAUUGGUGCUCCCCUUUCGAAGGCUCCUACAGAAGUCAACCGAGGUGACUUCACAUUCGAAAGCCGCCCUUCUACUCCUGGCCCCGGCCAGCCCCAGAGUGCUGGUCUCAGCAAUGGUAGUGGUAUGGAGGGACUACAAAGAAAGCUGGUCAAGACCUCUCUUGAGCAACAAAAUGGAAACUCGUACACAAAUGGCAUUACGCCACCACGGCGAUCCGAUACGAUUGACUCCACGUCAUCAUUGACGAAUGGUCGAGGUCGCGGCAGCUCUUCAGGUUCCCAGACAGGUCCUGCGUUUACCACUCAUGAUAUGGAUCCUUCUAUGCUUACCAAAGAGGCCAAGAGUGUUUUCCAGGCCAAGCCAGGAUAUAAACAAUGGGUUGCCCAGGCUGGAACGCUUGUGGCAGAUCUCUUGACUUGUGCUGGAGCUGAUCACAUCAUCACCAUGGAUCUCCACGACGCUCAAUAUCAAGGUUUCUUCGACAUUCCAGUGGACAAUCUAUACGGAAAAGGAUUAUUGAAACACUAUAUCCGAACAAAGAUUCCUGACUACAAGGAUGCCGUUAUUGUUAGUCCAGAUGCUGGUGGCGCAAAGAGGGCGACAGCAAUUGCGGAUGACCUGAAUAUGGAAUUCGCAUUGAUCCACAAGGAACGUCGGCCCACCCGUAUCACAGACCGACAAAAUGCCACUAUGAUGCUUGUGGGAGAUGUUGCAAAGAGAGUCUGCAUACUUGUUGAUGACUUGGCCGAUACCUCCAAUACAAUCACCCGCGCUGCAAAGCUGUUAAAGAAAGAGGGUGCAACUCAAGUGUAUGCCUUGCUCACCCAUGGCGUGUUCAGCGGCGAUGCUAUUGUCCGAAUCAAUGCCUCGGCAUUGGAUAAGGUUGUCGUGACCAACAGCGUUCCUCAGGAUGACCAUUCCCGUCUGUGUCCCAAGCUGGAAGUUUUGGAGGUCGGCGGACUCUUCGCCGAGGCAAUCCGCCGUGUGCAUCAUGGAGAAUCUAUCAGUACACUUUUCUUGGCUCAAUAA